CCAGAUGAUCUAUCUUUGGGCCGCCGUCACUUCUUAGGUUCUUUACCAUUUGGGGGCCCAUAGCGUGCAUUUUAGAACCACAGUUUGUGCUCUUUUUAUCGACAAAUUUUUGUUUUCUAUUUCUAGACCGAAUAGAAAUGGUUAUGCAAGAAAGUUCUUCGGUCACUGGAUCUUUAGUUAAUUUUGUUUGUUGUUUGCUGAAGUCGAUUGGUUGUAGAACCAGAAUCAAUGUUGAUGUUCAGUCUCAUCGGCAGAAGUUGUAGCAAGACGACGAAUAACAUGUUGUUUCCGAGGAUCCUAGUAUGGACACUCCUAUGGGCGGCGCUUUCCGCGAAAGCUGUGAUCGUGGAUACGGACGAUAGCAUCAGACAUGGUGCCUGCGAUUUAGAGUGCGUGCCUCGUUGGGCACGAGAGGAGGGCAGGACGCCUGGCUUCUCUCGUCUUCAAGAAGUGUUUGCGGUGACGCCUUACGCAAUCUAUCUGCCACGCGACGAGGGGAAAAUGAUGGCUCAACUUUCAGAUCAGCAGCGUAACUUGAAGGGUUGGCUAGAUAGCGAGUACGUGCUAGUCAGGGCUUUCACGGUGUCGAAGAUCUUUGAGAAUGCGACCGAGCAGGACAAAGCAACGCACUUUGGAGCCGAUCAUUUCUUGGCUCAAAUUCUCAACGCUUCAGGCUGGGCCAAGGAUGAAGAGCCCGAAUCAAUUGUAAAUACAUCGAAUGGAAUCGCCGCCUGGCGCAAUCUUGGUAUGGAACGCUGUAUCGAAAUCAAGGAAAGAAACAAGCGGAAAAGAAAUCUGCAACUUCAAGAACCGUAUCUAGACGCCGCAGCUAGAAGAGCCCGUGAUCGUAAAGACCGCCACCUCUUUCGUCCACAGAAACGGCGGGCCCUACUAGCACUUGGAUCUUCUCAGCAUGGCGUAAAGCGCCGGUGGGAGGAAGAUAGUAUAAUAGGAAAAAACGCGCGGCCAUGCUCUUGGCCUUACUAGGUAGGACCGGCGUUAGGGACCUCGAAAACCUUUCUAUGACCUAGAUCCUUGUCAUUGACCUACGGAGGACCAUAGAUGAAGACGGAGCGUUUCCGUUCGUCUCUCGCUGCCCAGCAUUCUGAGCAAGCUGAUCACAAUUAGAAAGGGCACAACUACCUCCGAUUUUAGUCGACUUAUUUAUACGUUUCUUGUCGUGCUGCUGUCUGUGAGAUGUUUUUUGCUUUUCAUUUAAAAUGACUCGUAGGGUCGGAAAAACAAAAAGCGUUUUCGAAUCUCAUGAUUUAGUGCGGUUCAUCUGAAGACUUCCUAUCUGACAAAUAUUACACCUGGAUAUUCUUUGCCUUCGUGCUUGUCUGCCUAAUUUGUGAAGCCACACCCAGUUUGCUAUUCGUUUCUCUGCGCGGCUUCGCCGCACCUUCCCACGCAACUUUGUUUACUUUCAAUGCAUGGCUUUUUAUCAGAAAUAUAUAUGAGUAUUCCCUUUUUCAAGGGCGAAAGAGAAUAUGUCCCUGAUCAACACAUGAGGUCGGUACCUUCUUCGCUUGCUCCCAGCGAGUGGUCUACUCAGAGAGUACUAAAUGUCUCUAUCCAAAACUCUUAACCCUAGAAAAGACCUAGUCGUCUAUGCAAUUGUUGGUCGUCCGCAUCGAUGCCACAGUUUAUUAUACUCACGACCUUUUCCGUAGAGGAAAACACGAUC